AUGGCCUUCCAUCGUAUUGCGUUUGCAGAAGACGUGAUGAGCCAGGAUAGUUCAAUUUCGCCAGCCCUCCUUUACGACGAGAUGGACUUUCCACCGCUUCAAGAUGGAUGGCAGUUGCUGAAUGAGGCGGAUGCUGACGAUGACGACCAUCAUCAUGCAUUUGUGCACAAGGUGGUUCCACAAGAAUGGGAUUGGCAGUGUAUUACAAAAGAACAUCGACCCGCAUUGUAUGCUCAAGUAGCAAGUCGUGCUCUUGAUGAUGAUGACAUCAACUCUUCCACCACCACGUUUACUUUACCUGUUGUCGCAAAACCAGCUGCUCGUCGACGUUCCUCUUUGCUCCGCAAAGCAACAGAUACAUGGCAUCCCACUUUCGAAUCGCAACACGAUCUAGGAGAUGAGCUCCAUGGUCAAUACAAAUCGUCUCAUCGUCGUCUUCGUCGUUCUAUGAAGCUCUCGGCAAAACAACGACCUCGUCGCCAACGCUAUACGACAUCCGUUGUAUUCGAUCAUGGCCAUAACGUGGACGAACAAGGCCGUAAACGACGUCAACGCACUACUACCAAAGGAUCAUCCUCCACCUCUUCGUCAUCCAACAACAAAAAGAUAGCAUUGGAGCAAGGACUGGAUUGGGUGGUGUCUUUCCCUUAA